AUGUUGCUCAUCUGUCUGCUGCUCCUCACCUGCUUUCUGGCUCUAAAUCUCUGGCUGCGACAGAAGUACGACUACUUUAGGAGCCGUGGGAUCCCCUACCUGCCCGCCUCCUCCUGGUCUCCAAUGGGCAAUCUCGGGCAGCUUUUAUUUCUACGCAUUUCCUUUGGCGAUCUCUUUCGUCAGCUCUACGCAGAUCCUCGCGGUGGCCAAGCGAAAAUUGUGGGCUUCUAUAUUUUUCAAGCUCCAGCUCUGAUGAUUCGAGAUCCAGAGCUAGUUCGUCAGGUGCUGAUCAAGAACUUUAAUAGCUUCCUAAACCGCUAUGAGUCGGCGGACAGUGGAGAUCCCAUGGGUGCAUUGACCCUCCCAUUGGCGAAGUACCACCACUGGAAAGAGAGUCGGCAGUGCAUGUCGAAGCUCUUCACCAGUGGACGCAUACGGGAGGUAAUGUAUCCCCAGAUGCUGAAUGUGGCUUUGGACCUGGAAAACUAUCUCAAAAAAAAGCUACGGGAUCGAAACACCCGCAUUCUCGCCUUGGAAAAAAUGUGCCAAUUAUACACCACCGAUGUGACGGGGAAUCUCUUCUACAGCCUGGAUGUGGGCGGACUGCGUCGAGGGCGAUCUGAGUUGCUAAAGAAAACCAUCGAAUUAUUUAAGACAAAUCCACGCAAGGUUCUUGACUUUAUGUGCGUGUUCUUUCUCCCGCGGAGAACGGGGAAUCUGCUAAAGCCCAAAGUAUUUACAGAAGACUAUACACAGUAUAUGAGGAACUUGGUGAAGGAACACCAGGAAACGGAAAAGGGUGAUCUCAUCAAUCAACUGCAGCACUUCCAGCUCAGCCACUCCGCGAAUCACUAUUCCCAGCAUCCGGACUUUAUAGCCUCCCAGGCAGGCAUUAUUCUGCUGGCCGGAUUCGAAACCUCCUCAGCCUUGAUAGGAUUCACUCUCUACGAACUGGCCAAGGCCCCAGAUAUUCAAGAACGGCUUAGAAAAGAGCUAGGCGAAGCCUUCACCUCCACUUCCACCCUGAGCUAUGAAACGCUGAUGGCUUUGCCUUAUCUUAAGAUGGUUUGUUCGGAGGCACUGCGUCUUUAUCCGGCGGCUGCUUUUACCAACAGAGAGUGUACCAGCAGUCCGGAAUCGGAAGGAUUCCCCCUGCAGCCGCAUGUGAAUUUCGUAGUGCCGCCAGGAAUGCCCGCCUACAUCUCAAUUCUGGGCCUACAACGUGAUGAAAAGUACUGGCCCGAACCCAAUCGCUUUGAUCCCGAGAGGUUCGCUCCAGAGCGGUUGAAGGACAUUCACCCCAUGACCUAUAUACCUUUUGGAGCCGGCCCUCAUGGCUGUAUUGGCAACCGUCUUGGUAUCCUCCAGCUGAAAUUGGGUAUAGCCCAUAUUCUAAAACAAUAUUGGGUGGAGGUUUGCGAGCGAACAAUACCGGAGAUUCGCUUUAAUCCCAAGUCGUUCAUGUUGGCUUCACAGGAUGAAAUCUACUUAAGGUUCUGCAGGGAUAUAUUAUAG